GCCGGCCGGGAGAGCCCUCCCCACUGGGCUCCACGCCGCCGGAAGCGGAAAUAGUACCGGGCGCCGCCGGAGUACCUAUAACUGCCACCGCCAUGCCGAAGGGGCCUAAGCAGCAGCCGCCGGAGCCCGAGUGGAUUGGGGACGGAGAGAGCACGAGCCCCGCAGACAAAGUGGUGAAGAAAGGAAAGAAGGACAAGAAGACCAAAAAGACGUUCUUUGAAGAGUUGGCAGUAGAGGAUAAACAGGCUGAGGAAGAAGAGAAGGCACUCAAGGAGAAGGAGCAGCAGCAGCAACAGCAGCAGCAGCAGCAGCAGCAGCAAAAAAAGAAGCGAGACACCCGAAAAGGCAGGCGGAAGAAGGAUGUGGACGAUGAUGGAGAGGAGAAAGAACUCAUGGAGCGUCUUAAGAAGCUCUCAGUGCCAGCCAGUGAUGAGGAGGAUGAGGUACCUGCUCCGGUACCCCGAGGAGGGAAGAAAACCAAGGGCGGUAAUGCUUUUGCGGCCCUGAUUCAGGAUCAGAGUGAGGAGGAGGAGGAGGAAGAAGAAAAGUGUCCUCCUAAACCCGCCAAGCCAGAGAAGAAUCGGAUCAAUAAGGCUGUGUCUGAGGAACAACAGCCUGGGUUCAAGGGCAAGAAAGGAAAGGAAGAAAAGUUGAAGGGGAAGGCCAAGCCUCAAAAUAAAUUUGCUGCUCUGGAGAGUGGAGAGGAGGAUGAAGAGGAAGAAAUAAUGAAAGAGAAGGAGCCACCCAAACAAGGGAAGGAGAAAGGCAAGAAGGCAGAGAAGGUUUCAGAGGAAGAGGGGGAAGAAGAGGAAGAAGAGGGAGAGCCCAAGGCAGAUGAUCCUUAUGCUCACCUUAGCAAAAAGGAGAAGAAAAAGCUGAAGAAACAGAUGGACUACGAGCGCCAAGUGGCUUCAUUAAAAGCAGCCAAUGCUGCGGAAAAUGACUUCUCUGUGUCUCAGGCAGAGGUGUCCUCCCGCCAGGCCAUGUUAGAAAAUGCAUCUGACAUCAAGCUGGAAAAGUUCAGCAUCUCGGCCCACGGCAAGGAGCUAUUCGUCAAUGCAGACUUGUACAUUGUAGCUGGCCGCCGCUAUGGGCUGGUGGGACCCAAUGGCAAGGGCAAGACGACGCUGCUCAAGCACAUUGCCAACCGAGCCCUGAGCAUCCCUCCCAACAUCGAUGUGCUGCUGUGUGAGCAGGAGGUGGUAGCGGAUGAGACGCCAGCAGUGCAGGCUGUGCUUCGAGCGGACACCAAACGAUUGAAACUGCUGGAAGAGGAACGACGGCUUCAGGGACAGCUGGAGCAGGGAGACGACGCGGCCGCUGAGAGGCUUGAGAAGGUGUAUGAGGAGUUGCGGGCCACAGGGGCAGCAGCUGCAGAGGCCAAGGCACGACGGAUCCUGGCUGGUCUGGGCUUCGACCCUGAGAUGCAGAACCGGCCUACACAGAAGUUCUCAGGGGGCUGGCGCAUGCGUGUCUCGCUGGCCAGGGCACUGUUCAUGGAGCCCACACUGCUGAUGCUGGAUGAGCCUACUAACCACCUAGACCUCAAUGCUGUCAUCUGGCUCAACAACUACCUCCAGAGCUGGCGGAAGACAUUGCUGAUUGUCUCCCAUGACCAGGGCUUCCUAGAUGAUGUCUGCACUGAUAUCAUCCAUCUCGAUGCCCAACGGCUCCACUACUACAGGGGCAAUUACAUGACUUUCAAGAAGAUGUACCAGCAGAAACAGAAGGAACUGCUAAAGCAGUAUGAGAAGCAGGAGAAAAAGCUGAAAGAGCUGAAGGCGGGUGGCAAAUCCACCAAGCAGGCAGAAAAGCAAACAAAGGAAGCCCUGACUCGAAAGCAACAAAAAUGCCGACGGAAAAACCAGGAUGAAGAGUCCCAGGAGGCCCCUGAGCUCCUGAAGCGCCCCAAGGAGUACACUGUGCGCUUCACAUUCCCAAACCCCCCGCCCCUCAGCCCUCCUGUGCUGGGCUUGCAUGGUGUGACAUUUGGCUAUGAGGGCCAGAAGCCACUUUUUAAGAACCUGGACUUUGGCAUCGACAUGGACUCAAGGAUCUGCAUUGUGGGUCCUAAUGGCGUGGGGAAGAGCACCCUGCUUCUGCUGCUGACGGGCAAGCUGACACCGACCCGUGGAGAAAUGAGAAAGAACCACCGGCUGAAAAUUGGCUUCUUUAAUCAGCAAUAUGCAGAGCAGCUGCGCAUGGAGGAGACACCCACUGAAUACCUGCAGCGCUGCUUCAACCUGCCUUACCAGGAUGCCCGGAAGUGCCUGGGCCGCUUUGGCCUGGAGAGUCACGCCCACACCAUCCAGAUCUGCAAACUCUCCGGUGGGCAGAAAGCCCGAGUUGUGUUUGCAGAGCUGGCCUGUCGGGAACCUGAUGUCCUCAUCUUGGAUGAACCAACCAACAACUUGGACAUAGAGUCUAUUGAUGCUCUGGGAGAGGCCAUUAAUGAGUACAAGGGCGCGGUGAUUGUCGUCAGCCAUGAUGCCCGACUCAUCACAGAAACUAACUGCCAGCUGUGGGUGGUGGAGGAGCAGAGCGUCAGCCAAAUUGACGGCGAUUUCGAGGACUACAAGAGGGAGGUGCUUGAGGCUCUGGGCGAAGUCAUAGUCAAUCGGCCCCGAGAAUGAGCUUUCCUUCCUGGAGGUUCCCAAGAGACAAGUGUGUGUGGCCUCGAAAUCCCCUGUUGUCUCCCUGUCACCAGUCCGAAACCUGCUUCUGGCCUGCAGCUGGCCCAGCAACCACUCAGGCACAUGAAGGUGGAGUGUUGCCUUGAUGUGACCAGGAUACCAUUAAGAUUUCUUUUUUUUCCCUGAGAGACUUGUCUGUUCAGCUACUCUUCAGAAAACUGAGCUGACUUUGUCCUUGACAUCCCUCAGUAUAAACAGAGGUGAUCUUCAUUAUUGUGGGAUUCUGUCUUGCCAAACUUUAUGUGACCCAGUAGGCCCUGAUGUUCCCCAUUCAUCUCUCAGAAGCCUGCCUCUGGUCUACCUUAAAGCUUUAGGCCCAGCUGCCUGCUUCUUGGUCUCUGAGUGGUGCUAUUCUUUCCUGAUGGAUUUAGUGCUAACUCAGUGAUACAAGCAAUUGUUGCAGCACAAAGCUGGAGGCGUGUUUCUGGGGCCUAUGCCAUCACCCAGCCCAAGAUUUGGUGCCUGCAGUCUCUGUGUCUAGUUGGGGACUUAGGGACAGCAGAAGGUUGCUGCUGAAUUUGAACCUCCCUUUACAAGAGAAAGGAAUAAAAGAACGGAGAGUUUUUGCCAACCACCUGUCACUGCUUGGAGAUUCAUGGGAGCUGGAACUGUUACCAGUCUCACUGUUGUUUGAUUUCCAGCAGCAUGUAGCAUCGCCUCCUCCCAGUAACAGAGAUGGAUCUAAUUUGCAGCCUCACCCCACUGUAGAGAGUGGUUGCUCUUUAAGAAUCCUCCCUCCCUUUCCACAGCUCUUCAGACAAGGGGAAGUAAAGUAAUUGAUUAAUCCCUUC